AUGGCAUCUCUAGAACGCUUUGUUACAAGGCUGCAGGACCCGAGCCUAGACCUGGGCGCGCAACACGCCGUCCUGUCCGAGCUUUGUGAUACUCUGGAGACCUACAAUGGUGCCCAGGAGUAUGAGCAUUUUCUCAAGAGCCUGAUGCCGGUUUUUUUCCAGCUUCUCGACUCUGUGCCCGUCAGCAUGGUGUCCAAUUCGCCUGAGCAGAAGCUGCGGCACUUGGUGCUGGACAUCAUUCACCGUUUGCCUGUUAACGAGGCUUUCCAGCCGUACAGCGUCCAGGUUUUGGACGUGUUGACGAAAUUAAUCAGAGAGGAAAACGAAGAGAACGGAAUACAGUGUAUGAAGAUCAUUGCGUCGCUGCACAAGAGCUACAAGACGAAGUUUGCCGACAGAGUGCAGGAAUUCAUCGAUAUUCUACGAGAAAUUUACAGCAACAUCCCGCAAGUCGUCGACGAGCAGUUCGGCGGCCACGACGAGUCGUCAGCUCCACCGACAAGUGGCUCGCCUGGCUCGCUGGAGUUGGAGGAAAACCCGUCCAAGACGCUGUUCAAGGCGACUCAUUCGUUCAAGAUGAUCGCCGAGUGUCCGAUAACAAUGGUUUCGCUUUACUCGUCGUACAAGGAGAUCAUCGACGGCUCGGUUGCCAACUUUAUUCCGCAGGUUAUCGGGUUGCUGAGAUUGCAGGCCAAGAAGCAACAGGAGGCCCACGAGGCCGCCAAGGCACGUGGCGAGUACGUCACCGGGGUGACGAAGGAGAUCAAGAACCGUGCCUUAUAUGCCGACUUCAUUCUGGGCCAGGUCAAGGCCGCCUCUUUUCUGGCGUACGUGUUUAUCCGGCGCGGAGCCAACUCUGCGCUCGAGCCGUUUCUGGGCGAGAUUCCGGACCUCAUAGUGCGAUUGUUGCAGGACUGUCCGCCGGAGCUUGCCACGGCCAGAAGAGAGCUUUUGCAUGCCACCAGACACAUCUUGUCGACCGAGUUCCGCUCGUUGUUUCUGCCCAAAAUGGAUCUUCUCUUUGACGACCGUGUGAUCAUCGGCGAGGGCCUGACUGCGCACGAGACACUGCGGCCGCUCGCUUACUCGAUCGUCGCAGACUUUAUCCACGUCAACGGCAAUUUAUCGACCGACCGCAUUUGGAAGAGCGUUCAGCUAUACUGCGAUCACCUGCAGGACGCGACUUUGGCCCAGACCGUGCACAUCAUGAGCGCCAAGCUGCUGCUGAAUCUCGUGGACCGCGUUUUGAAGCUGGACGACAAAGAGAACGGACGCCAGCUGUUUCUGAUCAUGAUCAACGCGUUUGUGAAGCGGUUUGCGCUGCUGAACAGACAGUACGCCGAAAUUGUGCAGCAGCAUGAGAAAUUUGUGCAAAACAAGGAACAGAAACGCGUCGACAGCCUGUCCUGGCGCAGCAAGGCAGAACAGCUCACCGGUAAGCCUCUGUUUGGUGCGGAGGAUCCGAAACCAGAAGCGAAACCGGAAUCGAACGCCGCUGACGCCAUGGACAUCGACUCGCCAGAAUACACUUUCUAUGAGAUGCAGCGCGAGCUGCCGAUCCACCUCGCGCAGCCGUCGCCUCAGGACCCGCUCGAGAGCGCCAAGUACCUGUUCCGGACGCUGAUGACGUUCCUAAAGUCGAUUUUUUAUGGGUUCCGGAGCUGCAACCCGCCUCCACAAAAGGACUACACGCCGCAGGUGUGGAACGACUGUGCGCGGAUUGUGAGCAGCGAGGAGAUCAACAUACUGAAAGAGCUGUUCCGCGAGUGCAUUUUUGGGCUGCGGUUCUUCCAGAGCUCGAAACCUGUGCUCAGCAGCGCGCAAGUGAAGCAGACGUUCGACGUGAGCGGGCCAAACCUGCCGAUCACCUCGUCCAAGGAGGAAAAAGACCUGAUGGAGAUCCUGGCCACGAUGUUCAUCUAUCUGGAGCCGUCUGCGUUUAACGAGGUGAUGCAGUCGCAGCUGGAGCUGAUGUUCGACGCGAUGCUGAAAAACGCCGCGCUGUUGCACAUCCCGCAGUUCUUCCUGGCCAGCGAGACCACGACGUCCAACUUCUCCGGCAUUUUGAUCAUCUUCGUCAUGUCAAAGCUCGGCGAGCUCGGCGAGAUGGACAUAGUCAAGUCCAACAUCCUGAUCCGGCUCUUCAAGCUGUGCUUCAUGUCGGUCAACCUGUUCCAGGCCGCCAACGAGACCGUCAUCCUGCCGCAUCUCAACAAGAUGAUCCUGCGCUCGCUGGAGUACACCACCACUGCCAAGGAGCCCAUCGUGUACUUCUACCUCAUCCGGACGCUCUUCCGCAGCAUCGGCGGCGGCAGGUUCGAAGCUCUCUAUAAAGAGAUCCUGCCGCUGCUGCAGGUGCUGCUCGAAUCGCUCAACAGACUCAUCCAGAGCGCCAGAAGACCGCAGGAGCGCGAUAUCUACGUCGAGUUGUGUCUUACCGUUCCUGUGCGGCUCAGCGUGCUGGUCCCGCACCUCAGCUACCUGAUGCGCCCGCUCGUGUACGCCCUGAACGGCUCGCAGGAGCUGAUCAGCCAGGGUCUGCGCACGCUGGAGCUCUGCGUCGACAACCUGACCGCCGAGUACUUCGACCCGAUCAUCGAGCCCGUCAUCGAGGACGUGAUGAAGGCGCUCUGGAAGCACCUGCGCCCGCUGCCGUACUACCACCAGCACUCGCACACCACGUUCCGGCUGCUGGGCAAGCUGGGCGGCCGCAACCACAAUUUCAUCGGGCUGCACCACGAUUUGCAGGGUAGCACGGCCACGAACCAGGAGCUGGAGGCACUGUUCCGCAUCGAGGGCCUGCCAAAUGAGACCCCAGUGUCCAUCACGGCGGGCAUCUCCACCGCGCUCAACACGCUCGUCAACACCCGCUACAAGAUGCACUACCGCGUGAGUGCGUUCAAGUACCUCUCUGCUGUGCUCAAGCUCUUCAUCGACACAGACGCCGUGCCGGCGGAUCUCGACGCACGCAUCCAGCAGGUGAUCAGUCACGUGACCAACGAGGCCAAGGCCAAGGAGCUCGGCACGAGCGGCGAGAUCGUGCUGGCUGCGGACAACGUGAAGGACCCGGCACGGUUCACGCGGCAGGAGGAGCUGCUCGUGCGGCUUCUGGAGGCGCUGUUCUACGCGGUGUCGAUCGACGAGGUGCGCGACGAGGCGGCCGCGCUGAUCCAGGGGAUCUGCGAGCACUACGUGCUGCUCUUUUUCGGGCGCACGAUGGUGGACGCGUACAAGUUCAACCGCAGGUUCAGUGUGAGCGACCACGAGGGCAAGAAGUCGCUGAACGAGAACACCAUUUUUGACGCCAUCUCGUACGCUCUCAGCUUCCACAUCAAGGCCGUCCGCGACGCGGGCGUGGACGCGGUGCGCACGAUUUUCAACGCGUGCGUGACGCUCUUUGGCAGCAUUGACGACGCGAUCAAGUUUCUGCCGAUCCGGCGCAUGUGCUCCAAGUUUGUGCACUGCUGCUUCGAGGAGGCGUACUACACGAAACUGGGCGGAUGCCUGGGGCUGCAGACGAUGAUGUACGAGCUGGACAUUCCUGUGCAGUACUUUGCGCUGCGGCAGCUGGAGAUCUGCCGCGCGAUGUUCUUUGUGCUGCGCGACACGCCGCCGGACGUGCCGUCCGAAGUCUGUCGCGUGGCAAAGCAGCUCGUGCUCAAGCUGCUGAACGACUGCAACCGCGAGGUCUCCAAGGAAGCGGUGUUCCAGCAACCGUUCCAGUCGGUGGUGAGCCAGAUCGUGUUUGACCUGAGCAACUCGAACCCGAACGUGCGCGAGACGGCGCAGGAGGCGCUCGAGACGCUCUCGCACGUGACCCAGGUCCCCGUCGCGACGAUGAUCUCGCCGAGCAAGGGCAUUCUGCUGGCGCCGAUCUUCGGCAAGCCGCUGCGCGCACUGCCGUUCCACAUGCAGAUCGGCAACAUCGACGCCAUCACGUUCUGUCUCGGGCUCGAGGACACGUUUUUGGAGUUCAACGACGAGCUGAACAGACUGCUCUCCGAGGCGCUCGCGCUCGUCGACGCGGAGGACGAGUCGCUGAUCAGCGCGCACCGCAUUUCCGAGCACCGCACGUCCGAGCAGCUUGUGAAGCUGCGUGUCGUGUGCAUCAAGCUGCUGUCGCUUGCGCUCACCAAACCGGCGUUUUCCAACGGCAACCCGCAGAUCCGGAUCCGCAUCCUUGGCGUCUUCUUCAAGACGCUGUGUGCCAAGUCGUCGCAGAUCAUCAACGCGGCACACGCCGGGCUCAAGCAGGUGCUGUCGCAGAACUCCAAGCUGCCCAAGGAGCUGCUGCAGAGCGGUCUGCGGCCGAUGCUCAUGAACCUCUCGGACCACAAGAAGCUGUCUGUGUCUGGGCUGGAGGCGCUAUCGCGGCUUCUGGAGCUGCUCAUCUCGUACUUCAAGGUCGAAAUCGGCCGCAAACUGCUUGACCACCUAAUGGCAUGGGCCCAGCCGCAGACUCUGCAACGCAUCGCCCUACAGGAGCUCGACAAUAACUCGACCGUUCAGAUCAUCGUCGCCAUCCUCAACAUCUUCCACCUGCUGCCCCCACAGGCGUACACUUUUAUGGAAGAGCUGCUGAGCACGCUGCUGUACCUCGAGACGCACCUGCGCCGUCACCAGACAUCUCCGUUCCGGCUCCCGAUCGCCAAGUUCCUCAACCGGUUCAGCGAGCACUCCGUGACCUACUUCAUCCAGAAGUUCAGCCACAGGACGUACGGCUGCUGGCUUGCGUACUUUGUCGCCCUGCCAGACUCGCCCGAGCUCCGCAGCCAGGUCCGCGCACAACUGGACACCUUUGCCAAGAGCCUGGCCGACGAGCAGGACCAGAACGUGCGCUACGUGAAAUUCGCCAACCUGGUAGACCUUGUUGCCGCGAUCGCGCACACGGACCGCGACUGGCUCAAGCAGCAGCAACCGCUCUUCCAGCAGCUUUUCGACGCGUCGGUGCAGUCGAUCGAGUACGCGAAAACCGCCGGGCUCAAGUCCGACUGCCAUUUCAUGCUCGAACAGGCGAUGGACAAACUGCAGACGACCUACGUCCAUUUCCUCGAGGCAACUGGCGCAGGAACGGAGGAGACGCUUGCCCUCGUGGCGUUUGUGACCGCGAAACAGGUAGCAGUGUCGCCAGCUUUUGAGGACUACACGUUUGAGAGAAUCGUCAAGAACACAAGCGUCGAGCUGCGCCAGGCAUAUCUGAGCGCCAUCCUCGAAGCUCUCGGCACAGACGUCUGCAUGGGCGCCAAGCUGUACUUGUUGCGCAAUAUACUGCUGCCAACGCUGCUGUUCGAGCUGCACGAGAACGGAAACCUUGCAGGGCUUGUGAACGACGCCUGGCUCGGUGCUGUGAACGAAAAAAUCUGGAAAGCAAACCACCACGGAGAGGAAACGGGCUCGUUUGACUCGUACCGCGUGGAGCUUCUGCAACUGACCGCGCUGCUGGAGAAAACGUCACCGGAGCUAAUUGCCGACUAUAAAAAAGACGUGAUCAAGUUCAACUGGAACCUGAUCACGCUGGACGACGCUAUCACGAAACAGGCCGCUUACGUGUCGACGGCGUACUUCAUCGCUGCGUUUGAGACGCCGGCGAAGUUGGUGACGCAGAUCUUCGUGGCGCUGCUGCGCGCCAACCAGAUCGACGUGCGGUACCUUGUGCGACAGGCGCUGGACAUCCUUGCCCCUGUGCUGGAGACCCGCAUCGGGUCCAGCAUGGAGUGGCUCAAGUGGCCGCGCCGCGUGCUGUCCGAGGACGGCUUCAACGUGACCCAGGUGCUUAACGUGUACCAGUUUAUUGUGCACCACGCAGACCUGUUCUACGAGGCACGUGACCAGUUUGUGCCGAACAUCAUCACUGCCGUGGGCAAGCUGACGAUAUUGAACAACAGCUCGACCGAGAACCAGGUCCUGGCGAUCGACAUGGGCGAGCUGAUUUUGAAUUGGGAGACCAAGGCGAAGGAGGAGGCGGCGGGCACCGGCGACGGCGACAAGAUGGACGUCGACUCGGACGCCAAGACGUACACGGUGCCAUUUGGCCAGCGCGAGACCUGUAUCACGUUCCUCAUCCGCUACGUCUGCAUCAGCCAACAGCGCGCGUCAGAGAACGAGCUGGGACAGCGUGCGCUCAACAUUCUGCACAUUCUGCUGUCUCCAAAGUACUGGCCCGAGGUGACAGUCAAGCUUGCCUUUUUUGAGCGGUUCUUGGUGGCCGCGGACUUCAGCACGAGCAACGUGCUAGGCUACUGUUUGAACGCGCUGGAGGUGCUGGGUGUUGCGCUGGAGUGGAAGCCUGCGGAAUGGAUCGUCUCAAACCUGGAGUACUUGCAGAAACUGCUCGAGAAAUGUAUCCGUUCCGACAACCACGACAUCCAGGAGGCGCUGCAGAAGGUGCUGAACUUGAUUCUGAGCGCAAUCAACACGCAGGUGCCGGCCACCGAGGAGGAGCAGCCCGAGGAGGUGACGAACUUCCUUACCUUUUUGACCAACGUGAUCGCCGAAGAUCUGAAUAGCAUGAACUCUGUCGCGGCAGGGGUGACUCUGUCGUGGACGCUGGCGCAGUACAAGCCGGACGCGCAGAACGCGCAGAUUCCGCUGAUUAUGCGCACGCUCAGCAAGCUCGUGAAGGACCACAUUGCUAUAGCGAGCCAGAACAGACAGUUCAGCAACUCGGCCGAGCAGAGCGCGUACCAGACGGACUACGAGGCCAAGAUGACGACGAAGCUGCUGAAGAAGAUUUUGGAUUUCUCGAGCAUGCGUAUUUCCGUGCUUGGUGACCAGCGUCGCAUCUUCCUGUCGCUGCUGGUGCAACUGAUCGACCGGUCCGUCGACAAGAACCUUCUGAUGCGCAUCAUCAACAUUGCGCGCGGCUGGGUCUUUGCAAAGAACGAGCUCUUCCCGACUACCAAGGAGAACGCCGGCAUACUGUCCAAAAUGAUGGUGUUCGAGAUGAAGGGCGACUCAGAGCUGGCAAGAGCGUUCUACCAGAUCAUCAUCGACAUUUUCAAGGACCCCGCGCUCGCCGGCACCGAGCUGACCGUGCGCAUGGAGCAUCCGUUCCUCGUCGGCACGAAACUGUCCGACACGGGCGUGCGUCGCGAGCUGAUGAGCAUCUUGGACCGCUCGAUCGAGAAAGACCUCGACAAACGGCUCUUCUAUAUUGUGCGCGAACAGAACUGGGAGUACCUUGCUGAGUACCCAUGGCUGAACCAGGCUGCGCAGCUGCUCUACGGCAGCUUUGAUUUCGACCAUGUGCUGAAGUACACUGAUAACGAGUACAAACUUGCUGCUCUGGGCGACAUCGACGAGGCGCUGCCAAAACGCGGCACGGAGGAGCCUGCGGCUCGCGAGCCGAUCAAGGCGUUCGUCAGCAAGCACAUGGACUUCCUCAAGACGCACGUGCGGGUGCGUGCACGCGACGUGCUGGAGCCGCUGAUGGACAUCUCGUACCAGAGCCCAGAAACGAUCCACAACUCGUGGUGCACACUGUUCCCGAUCGCGUACGGCGCGAUCGACCACCGCAACAAGGCAGACUUCUUGCACUCGUUUGUGACGCUGCUGUCGAAGGACUACCACGUGCGGCAGCAGGACGGCAAGCCGAACGUGAUCCACACGAUGCUGGAGGCCGCAGGCAAGUGUGCGGAUCUGCAGCUGCCACCGCACCUCGUCAAGUAUCUUGGGCUGAAUUACGACGCCUGGUACUCUGGAGUGCGCAUUAUGGAGCAGAUCGAGACCAACCCCGUCACCGAGAACCAGAAAAUCAAAGAGACGAACCGCGACGCGCUCGUGGAGAUGUACUCGAACCUGCAGGAGGACGACAUGUUCUACGGGAUGUGGCGGCGUCGGGCCAAGUACUUUGAGACAAACUCGGCGCUGUCGUACGAGCAGAUCGGGCUAUGGGACAAGGCGUUGCAGCUCUACGAGAACGCGCAGAUCAAGGCGCGCAGCGGCGUGCUGCCGUACAGCGAGAGCGAGUACGCACUAUGGGAGGACAACUGGAUUCUGUGCGCAGAAAAGUUGCAGCACUGGGACAUCCUCACCGAGCUGGCGAAACACGAAGGGUUCACAGACCUGCUGCUCGAGUGCGGCUGGCGCGUGGCGGACUGGAUCUCCGACAGGGAGCCGCUCGAGCAGAGCGUCAAGACGGUGAUGGACGUGCCGACGCCGCGCCGGCAGAUGUUCCAGACGUUCCUGUGUCUGCAGGGCUACGCGCACAGCAAGGAGACGAUCCAGAACGUGACGCGGUACUGCGACGAGGGUAUCCAGCUGGCGCUGCGCAAGUGGCACUCGCUGCCGACAAGAAUCACGGGCGCGCACAUCUCGUUGCUGCACAUAUUCCAGCAGUACGUCGAGUUCAUGGAGGCGAGCCAGGUGUACCGCAGCCUCGCGACGACGACGGCGCAGAACCUGGACGUCAAGAGCCAGGAGCUCAAGCGCGUGCUGCAGGCGUGGCGCGAGCGGCUGCCCAACAUCUGGGACGACAUCAAUAUCUGGAACGACCUGGUCACGUGGCGCCAGCACGCGUUCAACGUGAUCAACAAGGUGUACAUGCCUCUGAUUCCUGCGCUGCAGCAGAACAACAGCAACAACAACUCGUACGCGUUCCGCGGCUACCACGAGAUCGCCUGGGUGAUCAACCGGUUUGCCCACGUCGCCAGAAAGCACAACAUGCCCGAGGUGUGCAUCAACCAGCUGACCAAGAUCUACACUCUGCCCAACAUCGAGAUCCAGGAGGCCUUCCUGAAGCUGCGCGAGCAGGCCAAGUGCCACUACCAGAACCCGGCCGAGCUCAACACCGGGCUGGACGUGAUCAGCAACACGAACCUCGUUUACUUUGCUGCGCAGCAGAAGGCCGAGUUCAUCACGCUCAAGGGCAUGUUCUUGGCCAAGCUGAACUCGCCCGACGAGGCGAACCAGGCGUUCGCCACGGCGGUCCAGCUCGACCUCAACCUGCCCAAGGCGUGGGCCGAGUGGGGCUUCUUCAACGAUGCCCGGUUCAAAGAGAGCAACGACAUCGCGUACGCCAAACACGCCAUCAGCUGCUACCUGCAGGCGGCAGGACUGUACAAGAACAACAAGGCGCGCCGGCUGCUGUGCCGCAUUCUGUGGCUGAUCAGUCUGGACGACGCCAGCGGCACUCUGGCGGAGACCUUCGAGUCGCACCAGGGCGAGAUGCCCGUGUGGCACUGGAUCACGUUCAUUCCACAGCUGCUCACGUCGCUGUCGCACCGCGAAGCACGGCUGGCGCGUCACGUGCUCAUCCGCAUCGCCAAGUCGUAUCCGCAGGCGCUGCACUUCCAGCUGCGCACCACCAAAGAGGACUUUGCCGUGCUGCAACGGCAGAUGACGCAGCGGCCGGACUCGAACGGCGACAACGCGCCAACGAGUCCCGAGGCGCUUGCGCAGCACCCAACGGGGGCUACGCCUGUGGGCAGCUCGUCGCCGGCGCCAGGGUCGACGCCAGGGGUCAACUCGCAGCCGUGGCAGCACGUUGAGGAGAUCAUGGGCAUUUUGAAGACCGCGUACCCGCUGCUGGCUCUGUCGCUCGAGUCGCUCGUUGACCAGAUCAGCCAGCGGUUCAAGAGCAGCCACGACGACGACGCGUACCGGCUCGUGGUGGCGCUGUACAACGACGGUGUGCAGUACUUCAACCGGCUCUCGAACCCGAAGGAGGACGCCAGGCUGCCGCCUGCCACGGAGGCCAACAUCAUCCGGUUCGCAGACACCGUGCUGCCGAAGCACAUCCGCGAGGAGUUCGACGUGGACAUCAUCAAGAGCAAGCCGAACCUCGAGACUUACAUCAGCAAGCUGCGCAAGUGGAAGGACUGUUUGGAGGAGAAGCUGGACCGCAGUUUCGGCAAGAUGAACAUGGAGCGCGUGUGUCCGCACCUGAGCCAGUUCCACCACCAGAAAUUUGAGGACAUCGAGAUUCCGGGCCAGUACCUGCUCAACAAGGAGACCAACAACCACUUCGUCAAGAUCGAGAGGUUUUUGCCGACGCUGGAGCUGAUUCGCGGCUCGACAGCGUGCUACAAGCGCAUCACGAUCCGCGGCCACGACGGCAGCCUGCACUCGUUUGCGGUGCAGUUCCCGGCCGCGAGACACUGCCGCCGCGAGGAGCGCAUUUUCCAGCUGUUCCGCAUCUUCAACGACGCGCUCUCGAAGAACGUGCAGGCCAGAAGACGCAACAUCGAGCUCACGCUGCCCGUGGCAAUCCCGCUCAGCCCACACAUCCGCAUCAUGAGCGACAGCGAGGACUACGUCAACAUGCUGAGCAUCUACGAGGACUACUGCCGCAAGAACGGGCUCAACAAGGACGAGCCGUUCGCGUACACGAUCGAGAAGCUGCAUGCCGCGUACGACCCGCGGCUGCCGAAGCCAGACAUCCUGAGCGUCAAGACAGAGAUCCUGGCCGCGAUCCAGUCGACGCUGGUGCCAAGCACCGUCAUGAAGGACUACUUCCUCAGGCACUACACCAGAUUCGAGGAGUUCUGGCUGUUCCGCAAGCAGUUCACGUCGCAGUAUGCCUCGUUCAUCUUCAUGACGUACAUGCUGUGCAUCAACUCCAGACAGCCGCAGAAAAUCCACAUCAACCAGAGCUCCGGCCGCGUGUGGACGUCCGAGAUGCUGCCGUACAAGGUGGCGAGCGGCAAGACACACUCGAACGCGUUCGCCAACAGCACGCUCGACGUGUCGGCGCAGCGCGCGGCGCCGCUGUUCUGCUCGCUGGAGAUGGUGCCCUUCCGGCUCACGCCCAACGUGCAGAAGCUGAUCGGCGAGGCCGGCAUGGAGGGCAUCCUGUCUGCGCACAUCAUGAUCAUCGCGCAGUGUCUGAGCGACCCGCAGUACGAGAUGGAGCACUUUUUGAGUCUUUUUGUGCGCGACGAGGUGGUCGCCUGGUUCACGCAGCAGCACAGACCCUCUGCGGGCGACCCGCACCUGCGCGAGAUCGUCAGGGUCAACGUCAACUACGUCACCAAGCGCGUGGCACAGCUCGGCCACAUGGAGGGCCAGGGCAUCGCGUCGCAGUUCAUCCUCAACCUCAUUGCGCACGCCGUCAACCCGCGCAACCUCGCCAGCACAGACACCCUGUGGAUGGCAUACAUGUAA